AUGUCUAAAAAAUAAGUUAUUGACAAUACUGAUAGAUAUAAAGGAGAAGCAGGUAAUUUCUAAUCUUUAGAAAGUGAUGAUGGUCCAGGACCAAUGAAAUGUAGAAUAUAAAAAUUAUAUAAUAUAGCUGUUGAGGGAUGGAUUCUAAUUGCAAAAGGAAUUCAUGAAGAAGCAUAAGAAGAUGAUUUAUUUGAUGCUUUCAGUAAAUAUGGUCCAAUUAAAAAUCUACAUUUAAAUCUUGAUAGAAGAACUGGUUUUGUUAAAGGGUAGAAGCUAAUAUAAUUAUAAUUAGUUAUGCAUUAGUUGAGUUUAGUGAAUUUGCCCAUGCUUAAGAUGCUUUGAAUGGUAUAAAUAAAUCAGAAGGAAUAUGUGGUAAAAAGAUUCAAGUUGACUGGGCAUUCAAAAAACCUAACAAGAAAGGAGCAUUGAAGUAAAUAAAGAAAUAAUGAU